UCGAAGGCCACGCACAGGAGCCGUAUAUAAAGCGGCUUCCACAAGCAGUCAGCAGACACAGCGUCCUCGGUGAGCCAAGAAGAGGUCCAGCCAUGAAGCUUGCAGCAAUCGCACUGGUGUGCUUGGCAGUGGCCGUGGUAGCGCACGCAGAUCGCGAACCACACCGUUACCACCACCACCCAUAUCGACACUACUCCUACCACCACUACCCCCGCCACCACCAUGUCAACCCAUUGCACGGUUAUGGAGUGGCCAGCCAUCCAGCUGGCACCACCUUCGUGGCUCCUCAAGUUCACGGCCUCACAAAGCGAUCAGCUGACUCCACGCCGGAACCCAACCCGGAACCAGCAGCUGACCCGGACACCACCAAUCCUUAUAGCCAUCAAGUAAUCCACCAUGCUCAUCCCCACCAUGGAUACCAUCAUGGUUAUCGCUACCCUUACUCUGGCUACCGCCACACCAAUUUCUAUGCUUACCCUCACACAUACCACAGCCACCACAAGAGAUCAGUCGAAUCGGAACCCGAACCUCAACCUCAUUACAGCUAUCACGGACGCCCUCACUACUACAACAGAUACUAUCACGGUUACCCCCACUACUAUCCUUACUACGCCGGUUACCGCUACGGCUACAGGGGAUAAGGACGAGGUCAGGCAAGGACUGAAGUGGGACUUCCGAAGAUGGUCCUGUACUAAUGCCUGAUAGUUCGGUUUGCACACGCCGGUUUUCUAGCCACUCGUCGGAGGAUUCGCAAAAUUGGGGAACUCUUUUGAAUCAUGGAAUAGCAGUUCACUGCGAAACAGAAUAAA